AUGAGUGCUGAAAUAGAACAUUUGGCCUCUCCAACAAUGGAGGCAGCAUCAGCUGAUGAUGACAGAACCGCUGAUGGUUUGAAUGGUGCACUUGAAGACGAUCAGUCUGUUGAUAUUUGUCGCUUAUGUGAGUCCACCAUAAAAUCUCCUAAGAUUUUGUCAUGCCUACACGAGUUCUGCGAGGAGUGCCUGAAGAAAAAGCUGGAAAGUGAAAAGGAGGAAAAUGGGUUGCCAACCAGCCCUUUAGCCAAAGAAUGGAUGAUGGAUGUCAUCCGGUGUCCUAUCUGUGAGCAGAAAACAAGGCUUCCUGAUAAAGGUGUGAGUGGUUUGCUGUCGGACACAGUACUAGAAGACUUAAUAGAAUCUAACCAUGGAGGUGAAAAGCAGAUUGGCUGUACAAGCUGCAAAGCAGGAGACAAUGCUGUGGCCAAGUGUAGAACAUGUGAGAACCUGCUGUGUCCUAAUUGCGUUACAGCCCAUCAGUUCAUGAGAUGUUUUGAAGACCACAAGGUUGUAACAUUUGAAGAGAUGAUCAACACGGGUGAGGGCACUGAGCAUCUGCUCAGUAGGCCAGUGUUUUGUACAAUCCACAUUGUUGAAAGUAUCAAGUUCUUCUGCACUUCCUGUCUUGUGCCUGCAUGUGGAGAGUGCAUCCAGAAGUCACACAACACUCCAGAUCACAUUGUGAAGCAGCUUGCGGAAGUUGUCGGAGCCAAGAAGGAAACCCUGGCAGACUUUACCAAAGAGUGUGGCAAAAAAUUGGUGGAGUGCCAGAAAAUGAAUGCUAACCUGAACGCAGCGUUUGAGGAACUGGAAAUGCAAAAAGAUAACACUAAAGGACUCAUUCUAGAAACUUUUCAAAGCUACAAGGCUCUCCUGGAGGAUAUCAGGGAUAAAUUUAUAGCAGAGGCUGAGCAGCUGCAUGAGAAAAGAGAGCUAUGUCUGAUGGAACGUAUGCACAAGCUGUCAACUUAUGAAAACCAGCUGUCUCAGGCCAAGAGCUUUGUGGAACGUAUAUGCCAGCAUGGACAUGCAGGUCAGAUAGGCCAGCUGCUGCAGCCCAUGCUGACCCAACUUAACACGCUGUGCAUGGGCUUCAUUAUGCCAGAUAUCCCGAUUAACACAGAGUUCAAAACUGAUGCUGCUGCAUUUAUGAAUGCUGUCAGAAGUGCUUUCGGUUACUUCUCCAGGGAGAAGAAUAGCUCAAUGAGUGGUUCCUCCGUGUGCUCACCGUUUGAAGCAGAACGCUUCAGCCUUCCCAACAUGCUAGCCCUGGGCGGCGGAAAUAUGAUGCAUCACCACAUGAGCCACGACCUGAUGAACAUCAACAGUCUGCCUGGCUUACCCAUGAACAUCGGCAUGAGCCAGAGAAUGGACAGCUUGCCCAUGUCCAGCGUGAUCUCCAGCUUCAACUCCAUGAACAUGUCUCAUCAUCCCGACCACACCGUGUCCGGCAACAACAGCCCACUAUCUGACAGUGGCAUUUCCGUCGAUAAUGUUAGCCACAGCAGUGGAAGUAAUACUGCUGCCAUGAUGAAUGUUGCUGCCAUGGCCAAGUUACACCAGAGCCAGAGUCCACUCUUUGCCCCAGGCAUGAGCAUGGGUGGACCAGGGGCAGCUUUGAUGGCAGCUAAUGGUGCUAUUACCUCCGGUGCUGGCGAUAAUGCCUUAGCUAGCAUUCUCGGCUCCAACAAUGCUGGAUCUAAUGCAAAUGCAAACACUGUGCAGAAUGCCAAUAUUGAGGGACUUGCUUCAUUGCUGAACCAACCUCCACCUUCAGCCCUCAACACUUUCACCAACGUUGGAACAUUUGACCAGUUUAGUCCGACUUCUGUUCCAUCUGAGCUCGGGUCACCUGGCAGCCAGUAUGGGGGAGAACCAUACCCUGCCUUGAGACGCACCAACAAGAUGAACGCUAUGCAGAUCAGCAGGUUUCCAGGUACCAUUGGUGACACAGAGAUUGGUCAUUGGGGACCUCAGCAGAAACAGAUCAACGAAGUUCCCUUAAGGUGCAAGUUUGGACAGCUUGGACCAGGAAAGGGACAGUUUAACUCUCCUCAUGGUUUCUGUUUGGGUGUUGACGAAGACAUUGUGGUUGCUGAUACCAACAAUCACCGCAUCCAAGUGUUUCAGAAGACCGGGGACUUCAAGUACCAGUUUGGAAUACCAGGUCGUGAGGAAGGUCAGCUGUGGUAUCCCCGGAAAGUGGCGGUCAUGUUGAAGACGGGAAAGUUUGUUGUGUGUGACCGAGGCAAUGAGAGGUCCCGGAUGCAGAUUUUCAACAGAAAUGGACACUUCCUGAAGAAAAUAGCGAUUCGCUACAUUGACAUAGUUGCAGGACUGGCUAUCACUCCAGAAGGUCACAUUGUGGCUGUUGAUAGUGUCUCGCCCACUGUGUUUGUUAUCUCGGAGAGCGGUGACCUCAUCAAGUGGUUUGACUGCAGCGACUUUAUGCGGGAGCCAUCUGAUAUUGCCAUCAACAAUAAUGAAUACUUUGUGUGUGACUUCAAGGGACACUGUGUGGUAGUGUUUGCUAGAGAUGGCACAUUUAUGCGCCGCAUCGGAUGCGAGAACAUCACCAACUAUCCUAAUGGCAUUGACAUUAGUGGUCAUGGAGACGUGCUAAUAGGUGACAGCCACGGCAACCGCUUCCAUGUGGGGGUGUUCCAGAGGGAGGGAUCACUCAUUAGUGAGUUCCAGUGCCCCUACGUGAAGGUCAGUCGUUGCUGCGGGUUGAAAAUCACGACCGAAGGUUACAUUGUCACCUUAGCCAAGAACAAUCACCAUGUGCUGGUGCUGAAUACCUUAUAUAUACCAUAA